AUGACCGCACCGCGAGACAAGCUAACAGCAAGUCGGCUUUCGGGCCUCUCAUCGCCGCUGCUGCACGUCGAGCUUCAUCCGGCUACAAACGAGCUGGUGAGUCCGACAGUAACGGACUCAAUGAGGGUCAGAGCCCAUAGGUUAAUAAGCAGGGAAGCUAAGAGCAGUGCAGAAAAACAAAACGUCAAGAGUGUCGCAUUUCUAGGAAGGAUACAUCACGUACCUCAGUGUGUUCCAGUCCUGACCGAGAAGGGGCUUGUCAACCGCACAAAGGGAGGAGAGAAGAGGAGGUGGUGCGGGAGGCGUCACGUACGCUACAAGUCACGCAAGCAGCAGCAGCAGCAGCAGCAGCGGGUCCGUCCUGUCUGA